AUGGCACAAAGCAGGCCUUUGGAAGGAGCUGAAAACCACACUUUAGUGGUCAACUUUGUUCUCCUGGGACUCACAGAUGAUAAAGAUUUGCAACUUAUUCUUUUUCCUUUAUUCCUGGUCAUCUACCUGGUGACCUUAAUCUGGAACCUGGGCCUCAUCAUCCUAAUAAGAAUUGACUCUCACCUACACACACCUAUGUACUUUUUUCUCAGUUUCCUCUCAUUUAUCGAUAUUUGCUAUACUACUUCCAUUAGUCCAAGGAUGCUUUCAGAUUUCUUCAAAGACGAUAAAGUGAUCCCCUUUGUUUCUUGUGCCACUCAGUUUUUUGUUCUGUGUUGGAUGGGUCUCUCUGAGUGCUGCCUCUUAGCCACCAUGGCCUAUGACAGGUAUAUCGCCAUCGGAAACCCUCUACAGUACUCAGUCAUCAUGGCACCUGGGCUCUGUCAGAAGAUGGUCGCUGCAGCCCUGGGAACUGGUUUUCUUAGUAGUCUAGUUCAAACAGCUCCUUCAUUUAGUCUCUACUUCUGUGGGCCAAACACCAUUCCGCAUUUCUUCUGUGACAUAGCCCAGAUUGUUACCUUGUCUUGUUCCAGUCCCUUUAUCACCCAAAUCAUUAUUUUUCUGGUGGCUACAUUUGUUGGAUUUGGUUCUUUACUUCUAACUCUGUUAUCCUAUGGGUUCAUCACAGCUGCGGUUCUGAAAUUAUCCUCAAUUAAAGGUAGUAUCAAGGCCUUCAACACCUGUGCUUCCCACCUGGCCGUUGUGACACUUUUCUAUGGCACAUCUCUCUCUGUGUACAUGCGGCCUAGCUCGAACCAUCCCAAGAAACAGGACAAAGUACUGUCAGUGUUUUAUGUGAUUAUUAUCCCCAUGCUAAACCCUCUUAUCUAUAGUCUGAGGAACAAGGAGAUCAAAGAGGCUCUCAAGAAGGUGAUGAAAAGGACAAGACAUUUAUCUCAGUAG